UAAAUACUGCCUCUGGUCGUCGCCUUCAAACUCUCUCCACUGAAAACAGCUGCUCAGGCGCUCUAUGCCUUCAUCCCUCUGAAACGAAACGGAGCACGUUAGCAAUAAGGCAGAAGUGACUGAACAUGCUCCUGAUGAUGGGGAAAAGAGGCGUGAUUAUACGAACGCCCACCUGCUUUGGCACCGGUACCUAUAAUCUCUCUCGACUGGUCUACUGCGCCGUUAUUUAAUGUAAGGUUACUGGAGUGUUUCAGUACCUGCUGAACCAGCUUCCUGGACUCAUUAAUAGCCAGCACCAGAGUUUGGAGGUUUUUGGCACAGCUCAUUGCAACGAUGAAUCCAUCGCUAAAGGAGUCGAGCAUCUAGAAAGAAUGCAGAGUGCAGGCUUCUCCAAUGCAAGCGCCCAGAUUAGGCCUGGUACCUUGUCUCAUGUCUCCAGUGUGACCACUGCUGCCCCAGCCAAGAGAAUCACUUUCUACAAGAGUGGAGACACCCAGUUCGGUGGUAUCAGGAUGCCCAUUCAUAAACGAAGCUUCAAAUGCUUUGAUGCCUUGCUGGAUGACCUUUCGCAGAAAAUGCCUUUGCCUUUUGGUGUGCGGACGAUCACUACACCCAGAGGAACUCAUGCUAUUCAGAGUCUGGAGCAGUUACAGGACGGGGCUUGCUACCUGUGCUCUGAUCGCCACUAUGUUAAGCCAAUCGAUAUGGAGGCUGCAGGAAAACGGCCAGCUGUCUGGCACCACAACUACCUGCUUAACACCCUGAGAAAGCCUUCACGACCUGACGAGCCACCUAUGGGACAUUCUGGCCAUCACUACCAUCGACACCCAAAAAGGAUUGUGCUGGUGAAAAACAGUGAUCCUGCAGUGAGAAGGUCCAUCAUUUUGAGCAGAAAGCGGGCUCGAAGCCUUCGUGUCUUUAUGGAUGAGAUUUCAGAACUGAUGCAGAGCAAUGUCAGGAAGCUGUACACCUUGGAAGGACGGAAGAUUGAUAGUAUGCAGAGCCUGAUGCAAUGUCCCAGUGUGCUGGUGUGUGUGGGCCGAGAGCCCUUCAAUCCCCUCCUUCUGGAGCAUCUGAGAAAGAACUCAGAAGAGAAGUUGCCUGGGAUAGGUGCAAGGUCGCACUCCAGUAUCUACAGCGAGGGCCAUGACAGCAAGAAGAAUGUGAACUUCGGACUUGAGACCAAGAAAAGUAUCAUCCAUCCGAGGUCAGAUUCAAGUAACAAAUCCACAAGGUUCUCCCUAUCAUCAGAGAAAUCUUACCCAAAUACAUCAGGCAUGACCCCAGGGCAGCUGGGAUGUGUUACAAAGGAAGUUGUAAUGAAUGAUGACGUCGAAAAAAGGGUUCUCGUCAACAAAGAUGGCAGUCUGUCUGUAGAAAUGAAAGUUCGGUUCCGCCUAGUCAAUGAUGAAACUCUUCAGUGGUCCACUGAAAUCAAGAAAUUGCCAAUAUCUACAAAUGAAUGUAAUUCUUCACAGGAGGGAGACCCUCAUCAUCUUCAAGGCAAAGUUGAAUACUCUGAACCAGAGUCCAACACUGAAUGUGAGGCUGAGGAGGCCUCUUCACCAAAAUGCCAUCAAAUGGACUUUUUAGAAUCUUGCUGUCAAAAUUGUUGCAACCAUAAUCAAGGGUAUGACAUUUGGAAAAAUCCUUUACACAAGAAUGAUGGACCCAGUGGAACCAGGAGUUCCUCUAAUUCUGCUGGAUCAUCUGACAAAACUAUGCAUCAAAAGGCAUCUGUGGAUAGUGUGUAUACAGUUUCCAGGUCCAGUGAGGAGUAUACUGAACAUGUGCUAGAGAAGGCAUCUUGCUUCCAAAGGACUAUUGAGGAAGGGGACACAAGGAUUAAAUAUUGCUCAAUAAGUCGUUGUUGCAGUCGGAGUGAAGUAUCAACCAGCACUACAAAGUGUAAUGAACCCACUGACACAUGUGAGAGUAAGACUGAGAAAAUAUGUCACCAUAAUGAUAAGAGAAAACCAGACUAUGCAGAAGUUGAUCAUUUGAGCAAAGUCACUAAAGUAGCAGAACAUUUGAUUUCUGCUACCCGCAAUUCAUCCAUCAUCCAGUCAUUCAAAAAGAGGGAGAAAGAUGAUUCUGAUGACCUUUCUGCAAGUGUAUCAAGAGCAUGGUAUUCUGAACAGGAUAAACAAUUUGCAUGUGCAUACUGCUAUGGCUGUCAAGGGUCGCAAAAUUUACAUUCAUCCUCCGUACCACCUAAAGUCUCAAGCUGCUCUGCAGAUGCAUUAAAUUCCGAAAAAUAUAAAAGCAUGUAUGCCACACCAGAAGUGUCCCCGGAGGGUCACAGUGAUAGUACGGACAGUGCUAGAUCUUCUGUUUCAGAAGUGUCUUCAAGGUCUCGGUGCUGCUGCUGCAGCCAAUGCAAAGAUGCAACACCAAGCAUGGUGGAAUCUGAAAUGAAGAGUGGCUUAAAGGAAAGGGUUCAGAAUGCAGUGUUUGAUGACAGCAGAGUGUCUCAGGCAAUAACAAAUUCCCCAAGGACAGUGAUAUCAAAUGGUUGUGUUCAGAAAGCAUGCAAGGAGGAAUCAAAGAAUCGGAAUAGAUCUAUAAGUGCCAUGUCAGUAAACACACGUGUCUCAGUAAUGUCCACUGUGUGCCCUUGUUGUGGUGGACAUGGAAGAUUAACAUCAACAAUACCAGCAAAUGUUCAUGAUAUACCAGUUCAGGUAGUUGAGGAAGAUGGUGAGGUUAAGUCACUUGGUCAGGGAACAUCUAAGUCACCUGGGUCUGAAAGAUCUAACAAAUGUACUCAUUGUUCACAUCAAGGAGAUUCUGCUAUUUCAAACAAACUUGAGAGUAAUGAACUUGUUCAAAAUAAGGUAGACAUCAGGCACGCUUGCUCCCAAAGUCCGUUUUCUGAUUUAUCAAAACGUUCCAGUGAUUCAAAGCAAUCCAAUAAAUCUAACCAGCAUGCAUGUGGGAGGUCAUGUGAGGCAGAAAUGAUUUCUGCAAAGGAUGGUGUAGAAGAACGGACCAAAAGUGCCAUGUCAUUGGAAUCAGUUGGAUCUGCAAAGACAAACAAUGACAUACCAGAUAAACUAAUAACAUCUAGACUAGAGAACCAGACUGCUACCCAGGAAAAUAUAACAGAAACAGAGAAUGUGAUGCAAGAUUCUGAUAUAGACACUGAAGAAAGAGUCCCUAGUGCAAUGUCAACUAAAACACACUCAUCUAAAGAUUCUGACAAAUCCCACAAAUCAAACAACAUUCAAAACACUGCAGCUUUUUCACGUCCAGUUUCUACAAGCCCUAUUACAGACACUCAUCAAAUAAAAAUACAUUCAGAGAGGUCAACAAUUGCUCUGUCCAAAAGUGCCAGAGUUUCAUUGAAAUCAAAUGCAUGCUCAGAGUGUGAUGUAGAGUCAGUGUUGUAUCCUACUGAUAUGACUGAGGUGCAGGAAACUAGACAAACAACAGAUGAUGCAAAGUGUAGUUCAAAGAAUUCCUUACCAGUGGCUUCACCAUCACCAAAGUCACCAAUCACAGCUGAAAAUAAUAAUCAGGCAUUAAGUGUAAAAUCUGUGAAUUCUAGAGCAUCUUCAAAAUCAACAAGAUCUAACAAACAUCACUGCUCUUCAAGCAGAUGUGUUCAAAGGGUAGCAAAUAGUCCCUCCGGAAAAUCCAAAUCUCUAGCUUUGCAUGGACAGCUGGAUGAACCAUUAAGCCCAACCUCAACAGCUUCUGUCUCUCUUGGACUUGGUGCAGAAGAGAGGUCUGAGGACCUCAAUGAACAACCCAUGAGCAAUGUAUCACAAAUCUUUGAUAAGCCUAGAUGUUUGUCUGAGAAAUAUACCUCUGAACCAUCUGCAUUUGAUCAUGAAAUUAACAAUUCAGCAAUAAUAGAAACAAAAGAGCGGGUCAAAACAGCUGUGUCUACAAGUUCAACAGUUUCAGAUAGGUCAAAAUUGUCUAAUUAUUUGCAAGACUCAUGCAAGGAUCCUGAAGUUAUCUCAGGUAGUGAAUCCGGAGGCAUCGUAUCAACCAAAUCAAAGACAGAAAGCAAAGUAGAGGCCCAGCUUUUACAGAAUGAUGGUGAUCAUAGAGUGCCAUCUGCAUUGUCAGUGUCUUCAGAGAAAUCAGAGAUGAACUCACCCAGUAAAAACACUGCAACCAUAAAAAUCAAUACAAAUGCAGAGAAGGGUGAAACAAACAAAGCUUUAUCUAUAUCUGGAAGUUCUUCAAAAUCUAGUCAAAAUAGAAUAACCUCUGAGAAGUCUACCACCCACAGAGCUGCUACAUCUAAGGAUCAAUGUACUACAAAGAACAAGGAAAAAUCCUCCUCAAACCUGGAAAUAAAAGAAGCCAGGAAAACCAAUUCUAACAAUACCACUGGUGUGGUUUUGUUAAAAGCAUCCAAAUCAGACAAGAAACCACCCAGGAACAAAUAUGACACUAAGCCUGAAGUGUCACAAAUCUGCACCACUCCAGAUUCUAAAGGUAAUAGUGUUUUGCGUCACACUCCAGAUCUAUUAAGGGAAAAGGAUACUGAUGCAAAACCAGACAGUAGAAGAUCAAGAUCAAACACACCAGGCAAAAACAUUGUCCUUGAAGAGAAACAGCAUGUUGACAGUAACUGUAAAAACAGCAGGAAAAUUAGCACCACAUCCCAGAACAAAACUGAGGAUCAUGAUAAGGAGCCUCUCAUGCCGUCAUGUUUACCCAAUGCAUCUCCUACGGAUGUUGUAAAUGACUGGCUUAAAAAUAUACCAAUUGAUGGUCCUAUGUAUGAAAUGGAGGAUGAAUUCUGUGAGCAACAUGAUGAAACACUUCACUUACCUGCUGUGAAGGAAGAAGGAUGUUUUCGAAAUGAAAUCAGAGAACACGCUGAAAAGCCAAUAAAAAUGAAAGGAUCCCAAGAAAUAAGUGGGCCUGAAGGUGCAGAUCCUGUUACAGAAGAUAAAAAUACCCUCUGUGAUGCAAAAAUGGCAUGUAAUGAGACAUUUCAAACUGUUGCAGCCAACAGUGACCGCAGUCAACUCAGUUCAAAAAUAACUAAGAGAGAGAGUUUAACAAAUAAUUGUCAGUCCUCGAUACAAGUCAUGAAGGUCCUCUUAAGCCCAAAACUGGACAGAUGCAAUAGUUUGCCUGAAGUUUCACCAACAUAUGGGAGAAAAUUGAGCACAUCAGCCAAAGGACUACUAGACUGCCUUGCUAAUUUACAAAUGAUUGACCCAGAUCCAAAGAUAUAUGACAAAUACAGUGAAAUAAUAAGCACUCUCCAGACGCUGUGGAUUAACCGAUCCCCUGAAAGUGUGCAAGACAAGCAUAACACAAAAAUUAAUUCAGCUGAGGAUGAGUUUAACCUGAGAUCUUCAUCAGGGGUAGAUGUAAGCAGUGGUUCUAUAGGAUCUGGCAAAGGAAGCAUCAGUGGUGGGCUUGAAAAAUCAGAAACAGCACAAGGCAGAACAGCAAUAAUAGCUGAAGAGAAAGCCUUCCCACAGAAUCAAGAAGAUGCUAUUAAGGGGGCUGGAUGUGACUCUUUAUCUGUUACACCAGACAACAUAAAUACUUCACUUGUCUCUUCAGAUCCUAUCACUCCAGACAUUGCUGAGCGGGUCCGAUGCAGUCCUGAACACAAAAAACUAAACAACAAGGAAGCACAAAAAGAUGAAGGACUUAAAGGCACAGGUGAUGUCCUUCAGACUAAUGAACAUAUAAAAGAUAUUAAGGCAAUAGCUUCAACAUUCUCCACAAGGACCUCUGAGAAUAAUGGAAAUGUUAAAUCAGUGACUGUUAACAAAACAAUUCACCCAGAAAAUAACAACCAAAGAGCAUCACCACCAGUUCAGAAAGGUCAGUUAACAAAGAGAAUUUCACAAGACCCAGAUCCAGUAUGGGUUUUGAGCUUGUUAAAGAAACUGGAAAAGCAAUUUAUGUCUCACUAUGUAAAUGCAAUAGCAGAGUUUAAAGUGAGGUGGGAUUUAAAUGACAACGAGACACUUGAUAUAAUGAUCAGUGAACUGAAAGAAGAGGUUCAUAAAAGGAUUCAGUCUACUAUAAAUCGAGAGCUCCAGAAAAUCCAAGGUCGUGCUGGUAAAACACCAAGACCUCCAAUAAGCAUGCUUUCUAGAGAUUCUACUGUCCAAACCGAGCAACGGCGAAGACGUCUUAAAGUGAUGCAGAAUAAACUUAUUAACCCUUCAAGAAGCGAAUACAUAAACAGUGCGUCAGGUACCGAAUUCAGUGACCAGCGCAGUGAAGAUGAAUAUUGUCCAUGUGAUGCAUGUGUGAAAAAGAAGAUGGCCUCUAGAGUCCAGUGUGCUGAAGCUUUGAGUGUCGCUCCUGUCCUUAAAGAGUUUGAUCUUAGGAGAAUCUUACAAACAAAGAAAGAUCCCCCUGUUACUAUGCCAGUACAGUCCAAGCUGGAUGAACAAAAAGAUCAGAGUGAGGGUGCUGACAGUAACAGUGUCAAAGAUAAAAAUAAUUUAGAAGUGGUUAAAGAGGUCAAAGAGGAUGCGGUCCUAACACAGUAUGAAAUUCAGGCCUGUGAGAAUCAAGACAAAGAUGUAGGGGUAAUAAAUGAUGAAGAAGUGAGGACAGGACCAUCUGAAGAACCAUCAGAUGAGAAAAUGUUUGAUGGUAACAUUGAUGGAGCAGAUGAUGGAAAAAGCGAAACAGAGAGGGAAAGACAAGAGGUCGGAGAGGAUUUGGAGGAUAAGUACACAGAUAAGAAGGACGAGGAAGAAAUGAAUAGGGAGGAUGAAGAGGCAGAAGAGGCAACAGAGGGAGAUACAACAUUAGAUGAAGAUGUAACAAUGGAAAAAUGUCCACCUGAUGAACUAGCUGCAGAAAGAAAAACAACAGAAAACAGUGACAUUGAAGAGGGUGAAGGGAAUCCAGUGGAGGAGAAAGAAUCGAUUGAUGAAAGAGCUGAGGAGGAGGUGUCUGACGGAGAACUAAACAAACAGAGUGAAACCGGGGAAGCUGAAGAAGAGGAAAGGGACGAGAUGGAAGAGAAGGCUGAGAUACUAGAAGAGGGUGAAGAAACAGAAAAUAGAACAGGAGAGGAAACACAAUCAGCCAAAGAAGGCAAGAUAUCUGGGGAUGAAUCUGGAGAAGAUGAGAAUAGUAAUGAGACAAGUGAUGAGCGAACACAAGAUGAUGCUCCUGCUGCAGCUGUAGCUAAGCCUAGAAAGAAUAAAAAAGCUGAAAUCAUACAAGGUGAAAAAACAGAAGGAGCUGGUACCACAAGAACGAGUGAAGCUAAGCUGUACACUGAAAAUAGUGCAGAUUAAAAUCAGAGUGAAUCUAUUGAGGAAGAAAAUGGAAUUGAAAAGAAAUCACAUGACAGCAAGGGUAAGACAUGUAUUCAGAAGCCAACCAAAAAGAAAGAUAAUUUAUCUGUAGCAGGACAGCUGGUCUCUGAGGAGGAGAAGGAGGAGGAGGAUGGUGACAUUGAUGGUUAUGGAACUGAUGAAAAGCCUCAAACUGGCACAGGCGCAGACAGUAUUGAACGCCAAGAAAAGGGUCCUGAUCCUCCAAGUCAAACCUGUGGUGAAUCUGACUGUAAACUCAAUACACAGUUAACAAAAACAUCAGUUGAAUCCCAAACAGGAUCAUUGGAAUACUCCACGAAUAUGAUGGUGAAAGAAAAACUACGGAAUAUUCAGAGUUUAAUGGAAAGUUUGAAUGCUCAAGAUUCAUAGUGAUCUUUGGAAUGUUUGGAUAAAUUAUAAGAACAGAUCAGAGAAAUCCAGGUUAAAGUAGAAGAACAGGAGUUUGAAUAUAAGCUGACUUUAAUUUAUGCACUUUACUAGAGAGAGAGAGAGAGAGAGAGAGAGAGUUUGGUUUCUGGUUACCUUAAAAUGAAGAUAAUUGUUAUAAUAAUUCUAUCAUUCUAUAUCCAUUAAUUUAUAUAGUUACAGUGUGUAGUCAGGAGAUAUUAUUACUGAAGCAGUUUAAAGUUUUAAAAAGGAAUAAUUAUAAAAAUAAUAAAAUAAAAUAAACAUACAACUAUUUUAGAGCAAACAUAACUAGAAAUACAUUUGCGAUACAGUAUAUUUUACAGAAGAGAAUACAAAUAUUACUGUACAUAUUUUACUGAAAGAUUGUUUUGUGACACAUCAGGGUGUUCUAAAUCCUUCAAUUUUUAUUUCAGUAAUU